AUGCUAGUGGUGCCAGAGGUAGUGGUCACCAUUCAGGAGUGGGAGAUGGUUGCAGUCAGUGUUAUCCAGUAUUCAUCACUACCAGCAGUGGUAGCCUUACAAGAUCUGUUAUGGCAUGAUUUUGUCCAUGAUCUUGCAGCUGACUUGACUUCCUUGUUCCUGCUGUUUGCCCAGUUCCUCAGUCUUCUCAGCAGGACCAGGGUUCUGAUCAAGCAGGAAAGGAGAAAGCAAAAGGAAUACUUUGAAAGAAACAGGUUAAAAUCAAAAAUGAAAUUACUGAGAGUUUUGUCCCCUGUCAAAAAUUCCACCGUCAGUUUAGAUCUUCUUAACCUGUAUAUGGUAAAUCAGAUAUCUUGCAAGAAGAAAACACCUGAACAUGUGAAAAAGCCAGUUCAUGUGAAUAUGAAUAAAGACAUAAAAAUCCCUAUAAGAAAGCAUGAUUUAGAACUUCAAAUGUUGCCUAACUGCACACCUUCUAAAACUCUACUCGGAUACAAAAGAAAAACAAGUUAUAGUUUAGUUGGGAAUAUACACUAUCAAGAACCAAGUUGUAAGGAAGAACUUGGCCCAGUUCAGUCAUCACAAGACAUGAACUCAUACAAUAUGUUUGGACCUCAGUUCCACAGGACAGAAAGCUAUAGAUACUCCCCACUGUCAUUGUCAGCAGCAUGCUCUUCUAACAGGCAUAUUCCAAAACAAAAUUCCACUCCCAGAAUAGUGCCAUGUCCUUGGAAAAGGCAAACUGAGCAGCUGAGUGAUGUUAGUUGUUCUGAUUCCUUCAUUUCACAGUUAACUGAAGGUCAUUAUGUUCUCAGUUCAUCACAUAAAACAGCACAGUUUGGAACAUUAUUUGAAAGAUCACAAAGUCCAGGAAAUGGAGAUUUCCUAACUGAAACAUCUGCUAUAAUUAUGGGUGAAGAUUGUGGAAGCCUGGAUAAAAGAAGAAAGCCAGACUUCAUUACUGGAAAACAGUCAGUACAACAUAUUUGGGGAGAAAAUGGAAAAGAAUUUUCAAGUUUUAUUGAAGAUAAACUUCUAUCAGAGAAUCAUGACUCUUUCAUUAGUCAAAAUAUGAUAAGUUUAUUAAACAUAGAUCAACAGAGGAUAAAAGAAAUGUUUGACAAGUGUCAUUAUGGUAGUUUGGGAGAUAGUUGUGUAGUUGCUACUAGUUCUCAUGAAAACCAUUCCACUGAUGGAUGCACUAGAGGCAUUUUUACAGUUCCAGAGACAACUUUUAGUGGUUCUACUUUUAAUAAAACAAAUUAUCAAGAGAAGUGUCACUCAAACAAAAACUAUCAGAAAGAAUACAACAAUAAUGAAAUAAAUGACCUUACGACAUCUUUUGAGAAGGAUUGCUACCCAGCUAACUCUGAAAGAAAAGGAAAACUUGAAAAUGGUCACCAAGAGAAGCUACCAAAAAAUAAUGCCCAGGAACAUCCAGUGAACUCUAUGGGUGCUAUCCCUCUGGAAGAAUUGCACCCUAAGCAGUCAUGGGACCUUGGACUUGAUGAGAUUGUGAUGGAAGAAGAAAGAAUCUGUUCUUCAAAAGAGAGGCCAAUAUUUAUUAAGAAAAUAUGUCAGUAUGAUUAUAUAA